UGAUGCUGGGAACCAUGCUCUGGGUGCGAGGCCUGCCCCUGGAGGGAGCUGCAGAGGACUGGCAGCUGGAGGUGCUGGAGCAGGCCAGCCUGUGGCUGGGCCGUGGCUCCCUGCGGGCGGGCUUACUGGUAUCGAGCGGCUGCCCCAGCCUGGAGCAGGUGGCCAAGGGCGAGGGCUAUACCCAUAUCCAUUGUUUCACCCACUGCCUUGACUCCCUGGUAAGAAACUUUCUGUGUCACCAUCACAGUGUCCAGAUCAUCCUGGGCACUGCCAGGGCUAUCUGCAGCCAUUUCUAAAGCUCUGUGGAGGCCCGGGGGCUCCUCACCCAGCUCCAGCGCCAGCACGCCCUCCCGGCCCACCAGCCUCUUGAGGAGCUCUUGGUCCACUGGGUCUCGGCCUACCACCUGCCAGAGUGGCUGGUGGAGCAGCAGCAGCCCCUUCAAGAGUACAAGGGCAGGCACCAGCUGGGGAAGGCUGGUGUCGCCUUGUCGGCCACAUUCUGGAGCCUGGCAGACAGCCUCAGCAAGCUCCUGCAGCCCUUCCAGAUGGCGGUCCGCAAGGCGAGUGUGGUGCAGGCCUCUCUGAGCCAGGUGCUGCCCCAGCUGCGCUCCCUGCACAUCUUCCUGGAGCAGGUUCAUGGACACUUUCAGGAGCAGAGUGUCGGGGAGGUGGGCGCAGCCAUCCAGCUGGCUAAGGGGUUGGCCCUGCAGCUCUGCACCGACUGUCAGCUCAAUGAGCUCUUCUACUGUGAGGAGUUUGUGCUGGCCACUUUGCUGGACCCUUGCUUCAAGGGCAAGAUUGAGGCCAUCCUUCCUGUGGGGGCUGACAUUGACCACUGGAAGCAAGUCCUUGUGUAUAAGGUGAAGGAGAUUAGGGUGUCUGAAUACUCUUUGACCGCCCCCACCCCCAGCCCCCUGCAAAGCCCCAGGGGUCUGUGCGUGGACCCCACCAGGGUAGCCAGGAGCUGCAGGGUGGAGGGGAAGACGGGGGAGCCUCUGCAGAGCAGUGGCUGCUCUGGGGCCUUCCUGCUGGCCCAGAGGGAGAAGGGCUUGCUGGAGAGCGUGGGGCUGCUGGCCUCCGAGAGGAGUGGGGACUCGCUGUCCACCAAGAGCCACUGGGCCAGCGUCAUUGUCAAGACGUACUGGGAGAAUGAGACCGUCGGAGCCCAGAAUGACCCCCUGGCUUCCUGGGAGAAGAAGCAAGAAGCCUGGCCACCAUCUGUCUGUCUUACCCCCGACAAGAGGCUUCUCUGAAAGCAUGUUUGCCUCCCUGAACAGCCCCACCCUUGUAGAGCGAAACUCUUUUCUCAACGUGGAGGCCAUUGAGCAUACUUGAAGACCAACCUGGAGCAGUUCCCCAACUACACCCCGCCUCCCCUCAUCUGCUCUAGUGGUGACCUGGCCAAAGGGAUACAGGCCCUGCAGUCCGCUCAGGGUGGGAUGGCAGACAUGGCAGGUGCCAGUGCUCACCCUGCCCGUGAACUCCUAGAGAGCCCCUGUCUGUAGUAGGUCAAAGCAGAGAGCCGGGUGUUGCAUCCUGGGUGCCACAUGCUGAUGGCCAGAAUCUUAAACCUAUUUGGUAAGAAAGGGUCAGUUUCUCACUUGACAGAUUGCCAUAUUUUUUUUUUCUGGGAGAUGUCAUUUUCCAUCUCCCCAUUACUUUCUUUAUGUCUAGCAGUAUGUGCCGAGAAGAGGCUUACUCUCUUCGUAGGUGACUGUGAAUUUUGUACUACGUGGCUUUGUACAUGUGAUGCUCUGUUAAAACAUAAGUGGGUGUGAAGGUCCUUGAAUACACCUUGUCUGUGUGGAGAAGUGGAUACAUGCCCUUAAGAGGCUUGCUUUCUCAAAAAGUGGCCAAGGAUGUGGAGUGGGCGUGUGCUGGCAGGUAGGAUAUGUCCUCAGCUUCUUGGGGGCUGGGUAAGCUAUUGCAGCACUUUCUGAGGCUUGCAGUGUAGGGAGAAGGAAAUCCCAAGGUAGAAUAGCCAUUUCCAGAGUGCUCACAUACCCCCCACACCAGUCUUUUGGGGGGUAUCGGAGUAGCCAGAGAACCCGAUUGAUGGGACUGACCAGCUAGCUAGGAGAGCUGAGAUGCCAGUCCUCAAAUGGUGUUCUUACCAAUAGUCUAUUUCCAGACUGCUGGAAACCUUGGGGUUUCUUCCUCCAGUGACAGCAGCCUCAGUAGCUUUUCUGGGCUCCCAGCGGCCGGCUGUACACCCUGCCCGCCAUCACCCUUGCCCCUGCUUGUCGUGGACCACUUUUAAAGGGGAAGUUCCUUAUUUGGAAGAGAGAAAGGAUGUGUGUAGCACACACUCAUCAUGGAUUGCUCAGAGUUCCUUUAGGACAGAGCUGAGGGCCUAGGAUCCAGGAACCAGUGGGAUUGGACAGCAGAAGAAAGAAGGGGGUGGCCCGUCAACCCUGCAAGACUUGCAUCCAGGUAGCCUAAGGGUUCCUGGUCACUGGGUAGGGUGGCUGCUGAGAUGCAGGUUGGAAGAGGCAGGGAAGGCUCCAGGCCUAACUUGCAGCAUGUCACUGGCCAUGGAGGUGAAGGGACAGACUCUCCCCUUACUGGCUGGCAGCCCCAGGAACCUGUUCCCUUGCCUCUCCCAGAUGAGUUGCCAGCCCUGUGUUUCACUAUGACCAAUUCAUUCUGACAUUUGGAUAUUACUGAAAAUGUAAGGAAGCAGGAAAAAUUAACUAUACUCCUUUCAUUCAGAGAUAGCCUCUAUCAAUAGUUUGACAUUUUUCCCUCUUUUACAUUGAGAUCAUACCCUAGGUACUGUUUAGUAUGUGAUAUUUUCAUUUUCACAGUAUAAUAACUGCACCUGUUAAAUAAAGUUUUGUAAACAUUU